UUUUCCAUAUUAUUAAUAUAAACAUCUAAGCAAACAAGUUUUAUUCGCAGAUAUUGAAAUCUAACCUUUUAAGUUAAAGAACGUAUGCAGCAAACACAAAACAAGUGUUAAAAAAACCAUAACAUCAAAAACAAAUGAAUUUUAAUGAAGAAGAUUGCACUGACUACGAUGACUUAAAAGUUGAAAAACUUACUAGAGAUGUAAUCAAAACGAUUGUUGACGAGUUGCCAAAACACUGGAAGAAACUUGCUCGUUUCUUGAACAUAAGUAAUGAAGAAAUAAAUAGAGUUGAACAUGAGUGCGAUACAACUCGAGAACAAAUUUAUGAAUUAUUUAAUAAAUGGUGUAGAAAUAAUCCAGACAGAAUAUGGAGUGAAAUAAAAUCUGGGUUAAUUUUUUGUGAACGAGAAGAUAUCAUCUGUAAAUGCCAAAGAAUGCUCACUUUACCUUCAAUAUUUGGUGUUCAACCUUCUUCUGAAAUGUUAUUUUUACGCAAAAAAGAACUGUCUAAAAUUCAUCAAUAUUUUAUUGAAUUACAAUACCCAAAAAAAUCUCCGUUAGUAUUGCAUGGAAUGUCUGGUGUCGGAAAGACACAAAUUGCCAGAAAAUAUUGUGAAGUUUAUAAUAAAUUUUAUCAAAACUUUGUUUGGAUAGAUGCAUCAUUUGGAGAUUUGAAAUCUUCAGUGAUUAAUCACUAUCACUUACUUAGAUUAAAUGUUCAAGAUUUACAAAAUGAAGGCGAUUCCAAUGAAGGCGGUUCCUUUGAUAUAGAAGUGAUUAUAAAAACAAUUCACAACUACUAUGAACAUAAAAAGACUUUGUAUAUUUUCGACAAUGCCGACGAUGAAAGUGUUAAAAACUUAGAAAUGUACAUAUCAAGGAAACCUAAUUCGUUUACCUUAAUAACCUCUCAAUGGAGAACGUGGUCAAACAACGUAAAUCAAAUGUUCAUUGAUGUUUUUUCCGCGGAAGAUGCUUUUGCUUAUGUGAAAAAUAGUAUAAAAGAACCCAACGAAAAUAUAAGAAGCCUAAUAAAAGAACUUGGUAAUCAUCCGUUCGCUAUAACUCAAGCAAUUAAAUAUAUAAACAUACAUAAAAUAUCCAUAGCGAAAUAUUUAGAUCGAUUCAAAUCAAAGCCUUUAAAAGUACUGGAAAAUGAAAGUAUUCCAACCGAAGAAGAAUCAAAGUCUGCAAUUAAAGCAAUCAAUUUAGUGUUAUUAAAAUUAGAAAAAACUAAAGUUACUUCAUAUAAAUUACUAAACCUUUUGUCUCAUUGUAAUGGUCAGAACAUAAGUAAGCAGUUUAUAAUCAAAAUCUCAAAACACAUGGCAAUAAGCGAAGAGUACUUAAUAGAUGAAGCAAUUGGUUUACUAAUAAAUUACUCUUUAUUAAAUCAUUUAGACGAUGACAAAUAUUCAAUGCACGAACUAAUACAGUUAUCAUGUAAAUGUUUUCAAAAUAAAAAUUCAAGUACAAAUACGUAUUUUGACCUAAUCAAAAGUUAUUUUGUAUUUGAGUUAAUCAAUAUAAAAGAUCAUGUUGAUUACGGAAAACAUUUUGCUUUUCAUUUUCUCCACCUGUUUCGUUUUAAAAGAAAGAAAAUGUUGAAAACUUUUUAUUUUAUGACAACUUUUAUAAAAACUUUAUUAUUAUGUAAAGGUUUAUUUCAUGAAGCAAUCGAAAUAUUAGAAGCUGUUCAUAGUUUUAAUGCAGAAACCUAUGGAGAAAAUAAUGAAGUUACACUUGAAACAAAACAUAAUAUCGCAAGCUGUUUGUACGAUAUGGGAAAAUAUAACAAAGCUUUAGAAGUUUAUUAUUCUGUUGAUAAAAUACAAACUGAAACUUUAGGUAUCAACAAUCUAUCUACAAUUGCAACAAAAAAUAAUAUCGCAAACUGUUUUUGUAAGAUGGGUAAAUACAAUGAAGCUUUAGAAAUUUAUUAUUAUUUUGAGAAAAAAGAAUCUGAAAUUUUAGGUAUAAACCAUCCAGAUACUAUGGCAACAAAACAUAAUAUUGCAAUCUGCUUGUGCGAAAUGGGAAAAUAUAAAGAAGCUAUAGAAAUUUAUUAUUCUUUUGAAAAAACGGAAUCUGAAAUUUUAGGUAUUAACCAUCCAUUUACAAUGGCAACAAAAAAUAAUAUCGCAAGUUGUUUGUGUAAAAUGGGUCAAUAUAAUGAGGCUUUAGAAGUUUAUUAUUUCGUUGAUAAAAUACAAAUUGAAAUUCUAGGUUUCAACUAUCCAUCUACAAUGGCAACAAAAAAUAAUAUUGCAAUCUGUUUGGACGAAAUGGGAAAAUAUAAUGAAGCUUUAGCAAUUUAUUAUUCUGUUGAUAAAAUACAAACUGAAAUGUUAGGUAACUAUCAUCCAUCUACGAUGGCAACAAAAAAUAAUAUUGCAAGCUGUUUGGACAUUAUGGGAAAACGUAACGAAGCUUUAGAAGUUUAUUAUUCUAUUAAUAAAUUACAAAUUGAAAUUUUAGGUAUAAACCAUCCAUCUACAAUGGCAACAAAAAAUAAUAUAGCAAGCUGUUUGAAAGACAUGGGAAAUUAUGACAAAGCUUUAGAAAUUUAUUAUUCUGUUAAUAAAUUACAAAUCGAAAUUUUAGGUAUCAACCAUCCAUGUACAUUGGAAACAAAAAGCAAUGUGGCAAACUGUUUAACCAAUCUGGGAAAAUAUAAUGAAGCUUUAAAAAUUUAUUAUUCCGUUGAUAAAAUACAAACUAAAAUUUUGGGCAUCAACCAUCCCUCUACAAUAAGAACAAAAAACAAUAUUUCUAAGUGCUUGAGAAAAGUAGAAAAUCAGGGAAAAAGUUGUUUGAUUUUGUAA